AUGCAGCUCCUCCUUGCAUACUUAUUUGUCCUUCUCUCGGCUGUUUCGGCUCUCCCCAUCAACAAGCGCUUGUAUAAGCCAUCCUCCCCAGUUUUUUCCGUCAUUGCCCAUCAUGAAGGUGCUGUUUUCCAAUACCACUUGUUGAAGUGGGACGGCCAGGACCUUGUGCUUAACACUGACGAGGCAGCCUUUUUCGGCAGAAUCAAGGCCAACAAUGACUACAUUUUGAACUUGCCUGGUUCCAACAAGUCCGCUAAUGCUACCCAGAUAGAGCCCCAGACUACCAAUGUCUACAUCAACCCUGAAACUUACCAGCUUUCCACCACUGAGUCCCCGGUUAACGCUACCAGCGGAUUCGGUAUCAGCCACCAGAAGUUGACUUAUCAAAACUCCACUGAGUUCUUGGCUUGUCCAGCCAACGGCUUUAGAGGCGAGUACUAUGUCUACUGGGGCAACGACAACAAGACCGAGUGUCCAAGCCAGGACAGAGGCUACCCUAUUGAGCUCAUUGUGCAGAGCGAUGACGCCAUCAACUACAACCCGGAGACCAACAAGUUGGGUAACUCGCUGUUGCCUCUUAUUCCAAACAAGAAGAAGAGAUUUGUCUUUUUCUAA